AUGAAGCAUCGAGGUGAUCUUGGUCCUAUGGCCGGCGGUGCGAGAGUUGCUGCGACGCCCUUGCAAGCUCAAGAUGCACCGACUUAUCUUUUUGCGUUCGGAGAUUCCUACAUUCAGACUGAGUUCACUGUCGAUGGCACACAGCCAUCUACUACAAACCCGACACUAGGGCCCGGUACAACGAGCGGUGGUACCAAUUGGAUCGGAUACCUGACCACUCUAUACAAUGGCUCGCCGGUACUCAGCUACAUCUUCGCUGUUGGAGGAGCAACAAUCGAGACGGGAUGUGACAUCGCAGGUCCGGGACUUUGA